ACCUCUUUGUCGGACAGUCUCAGAUGCUGUCCAUGUGUUAGAGGCAAUUGUGGGUUAUGACCCAAGAGAUGAGGAAGCAACCCUGGCGGCAUCAAAGUAUAUACCUCAAGGUGGCUACAAGCAGUUCUUAAAGGUGGAGGGUUUGAAGGGCAAAAGAUUGGGAGUUCUAAGAGCCGGCUUCUUCGAAUUUUCUGAAGGAUCUGUCCGUCAGAAGACUUUUGAGGAGCAUUUCAACACAAUGAGCAAAAAGGGAGCUAUAUUGGUCGACAACCUUGAAAUAGCAAAUUGGAGCAUCAUCCUCGACUAUCUGCUAAGUGACGAGUUCGUUGCACUAUUGGCUGAGUUUAAGUUAUCCCUGAAUGCUUACUUGUCAGAGUUGUCCUAUUCUCCUGUUAGGUCUCUUGCAGAUGUAAUAGCCUUCAACAAUGAACAUAGUGUUGAGGAAAGGACUGAAGAAUUUGGACAGCUUAUUUUCUUGGCGGCUCAACACACAAGUGGGAUUGGUCCCGCUGAAAGGAGUGCAAUUGCUAAUAUGACUCAACUAUCCAGGAUAGGAUUGGAAAGAUUGAUGAUGGAGAAACAAUUAGAUGCAAUUGUGACACCUGAUGCAAAUAUAUCUCCCAUUCUUGCCAUCGGUGGCUACCCAGGCAUUAGUGUUCCUGCAGGAUAUGACUUGGAUGGAAAACCUUUUGGCAUUAGUUUUGGUGGUUUAAAGGGUUCUGAGCCAAAAUUAAUUGAGAUUGCCUAUGCUUUUGAACAAACAACAAAUAUGCGAAAACCUCCAUCAUAUAAGCCAUGAAAAGGACAUUAAUUGU